AUGGCAGAUGUUUUAGACAUCGAAAACUCUGAAGAGUUUGAGGUCGAUGAAGAUGGUGAACAGGGAAUCGCUAGAUUAAAGGAAAAGGCACGCAAACGUAAAGGGCGUGGAUUUGGAACCGAGGCGGGAGGUGCUUCUGAAAGAGGGAAUCGUGGAAGGUAUGACAGCCUAGCCCCUGAAGGUGAUGGCAAUACACCAGGACCACAAAGAUCAGUGGAGGGUUGGAUUUUGUUUGUCAGUAAUGUACAUGAAGAAGCUCAAGAAGAGGAUAUCCAGAAUCAAUUCUCUGAGUUUGGAGAUAUAAAAAAUAUUCAUUUGAACCUGGACCGCAGGACAGGGUUUCUAAAAGGAUAUGCUCUUGUUGAAUACGAGACGUACAAGCAGGCAGCAAGUGCUCGAGAAGCUCUGGAUAGCACAGACAUCCUUGGCCAAGCAAUAUCUGUGGACUGGUGCUUUGUCAAAGGACCUACAAAGACACACAAGAAACGUCGAUAA